UCCUUUUUUCUGUCUCUCUCUGCCAGCGCCUCCCACUAUUAUCUUUCUUUCGGACAGCAAUCCAACAUCCCGCCUCCACCGUUCACCGCCACGCCGUUUUUUUCUCGUUUUCUCUAUCUAGAUCUCCAUUUCUCUCUCUGAGCUUAGAUGGGUUCUUCCGACGAGGAGGGGGAGGAGUACCUCUUCAAGAUAGUGAUCAUCGGGGACUCUGCGGUGGGGAAGUCCAACCUGCUUUCCCGCUACGCCAGGAACGAGUUCAACCUGCACUCCAAGGCCACCAUCGGGGUUGAGUUUCAGACCCAGACCCUCCAAAUCGACGGCAAGGAGGUGAAGGCCCAGAUUUGGGACACCGCCGGCCAGGAGCGCUUCCGGGCUGUUACAUCGGCUUACUACCGCGGCGCGUUUGGCGCUCUCGUCGUCUACGACAUCAGCCGCCGCACCACCUUCGAUAGCAUUCCGCGUUGGCUUGACGAACUUAAUACUCAUUCUGAUACUACUGUUGCAAGGAUGCUUGUGGGCAAUAAAUGUGAUUUGGAGAACAUCAGGGAGGUGAGCGUUGAAGAGGGGAAAAGCGUUGCAGAAGCAGAGGGGCUGUUCUUUAUGGAGACAUCGGCGCUGGAUUCCAGGAACGUAAAACGGGCAUUUGAGGUUGUUAUCCGAGAGAUAUAUAGUAACGUUAGCAGGAAGGUUUUGAACUCAGAUUCUUAUAAAGCAGAAUUAUCUGUCAACAGAGUCAGCAUUGUGAAUGAUGACAAUGAUGGAGUGAAACAAAACAAAGGUUAUUGUUGUUCUAGGUAACUAACUGGAUUUCUUUCUAAGUAGUUGGCUGAGUCAAGUCAAGGGGUUGUUUAUUUGUGAGGGAUUUUAAAGUUACCAGCAAAAUGGUAUUCAUAUCUUGUAAGUGACUGAACAUAUUAUGAACUACAAUUGAAUCAAAGUGAAAAAUGAUAAUGCCAUUCUUUUUCAUUGGA